ACCAACAACAACAAAAUGUCGACUAAAAAUUUGGAAACAAUUUUAACUCUCACCUCCCUGGUUUUGCUGAUGGUCGCCUCCACAACCUCUGGCUUGGCCAAUUGCCCCGCUGGCUGCCAAUGUGAUGACAACACCCUAAUUGUCCAGUGCGGUGAAGGACAAUUGGAUGUGUUGCCAAUUGCCUUGAAUCCCUCCAUUCAACGUUUGGUCAUCAAGAACAACAAAAUCAAGACCAUUGACUCAUCCAUUCAAUUCUAUGCUGAAUUGACAUUCUUGGAUUUGUCCUCCAAUCAUUUGAUGAACAUACCUCAGCGUACCUUUGCCUAUCAGCGUAAACUGCAAGAGGUCCAUUUGCAGUACAACAAAAUUGGCGCAAUCAGCAACAAGACCUUGAUUGGUUUGUCGGCCGUUACCGUUUUGAAUUUGCGUGGUAAUCUCAUCUCGGAAUUGCAUCAAGGCACCUUUGCCCCCUUGGCCAAAAUUGAAGAAUUGAAUUUGGGUGAAAAUCGCAUUGGCUUCAUUGAUCCCAAGGCUUUCGAUGGUUUGAACCAAUUGAGAAUUUUGUAUUUGGAUGACAACGCCUUGACCUCAGUGCCAGAUCCCGUCCACUUCCAAUCGAUGCCAAUGUUGGCUGAAUUGUUCUUGGGUACCAAUGCCUUGAUGACCGUGCCCUCAGCUGCCUUCCAGGAUUUGAAAGGUUUGACUCGCCUCAACUUAAAAGGUGCUGGUUUGCGUAACAUUUCCCACGAUUCCUUCUUGGGCUUGGAGUCGUUGCGAAUCUUGGACUUGUCCGACAACCGUUUGACCCGUGUCCCCACCAACAGCUUGAGCCAAUUGGGCCGUUUGGAAGAAUUGUUCUUGGGCCAAAAUGAUUUUGAAGCCAUCCUCGAAGGUGCCUUUGUCGGUUUGAAACAAUUGAAGCGUUUGGAAAUCACUGGAGCUCUGCGUCUGAAGCGUGUCAUGACCGGUGCCUUUGCCAGCAACACCAACUUGGAAUACUUGAACUUGGCCUCCAACAAAAUGUUAAACGAAAUCCAAGAAGGUGCUCUCAGUGGCUUGCCCCAUUUGAAAUAUGUCAAUCUCAAGGCUAACGGUUUGACCACCUUGGCUGAAGGUCUCUUCCCAUGGCAAGAUUUGACCACCUUGGAUUUGUCUGAAAAUCCCAUUGCCUGCGAUUGCCGUGUCAUGUGGCUGAGAAAUGUUCUGAUCAACAAGAAUCAAACCGGUGACAAUGUCAGUGAAGUGUUGUGCGAAUUCCCCGAAAGUCUACGUGGUGAAGAAUUGAAGAACUUGAAUCCUGCUCUGAUGGGUUGCUCUCACACCGAUCCCCGUAAACAGGCCUUGAUUGGUGCCCUCCUCGUUGGUACUGCUGCCACCAUCACCACCUUGGUCUUGAUUGUCUACCGUUGCCGCAGAAAGAUCCGUGACUACUUGAAGGGUGGUAUCUUCGGCAACUCCGCUUUGGGCAACAAGGAACGUGAAUACCAAAAAACUUUCUGUGAUGAAGACUACAUGACCCGUCAUCAACAUCACCCCUGCAGCUUGGGCAUCCACUCGACUUUCCCCAACACCUAUACGCCACACAACAUGGGACCAGCUCACUAUGGACCAAUGUGCCCCGUACAAUUGAAUGGUGCUGAACAGAAAAAUUUCCAACAAUUGCAGGUUCCAACUGGUACAAUUUUGAAUGAUAAGAAAUCCGCGAAGACCCAAAACGGUGCAGUUACUGCCGAAGACAAUGACUCGUUUGUGGUCCACAUCAAGAAUAGCUCGAACAAUGCUGCUGCCAUCCAAAAAUUGAAUCACUAUACCAAACCUCAUUUGUUCCAACAAACUGCCGCUGUGGGUGAUUCUUGCUAUUCCUAUGCCGAUUUGCCAAUUAUCCACUCCAGCUCGAACCAGGAACAAAACAUCAACUAUCACCAACAGCCCAUGCACUAUGGCACAUCUCAGGACUACUCAAAUUCCACGGCCAGCACUGUCGAAAUGGAUCCCAACUACAUUUACAGCAACACCCACUACUCCAUGCCAUUGGAACAGGGCAACAGCCAAAGAGUCAAGACACCCACCCCACCACCAGUACCACCAGCAUUGCCCCUACGCAAUCCUCCCCAAAUGUUGAGUGUCAGCACCACUGGUCGCCGUUCCUUCAAUCACGGUUCCAAGCACAGCCAGUCGAAUGGUCAUGCUGCCAACCAGGCCCAAACAAUGCGUUAUCAGCACUGAUUGUGGGACAACAACUCGGGAAGUCUGAAAAGACCUGGACAAGGUUAUCAAAGAACUCCGGAGAAUUAUCCCAGCUCGACAGGAUUGACGUAUCAUCGCCAGAAUUUAAGCAUUUG